UCAUUAUGAAGAGAGAUCUGGUUUUCUUGGUGACUCUAAUUAGCCUUGCCUUCCUGUCACUGCUAAGGUCUGGAUAUCCUCAACAUAUUGCAGAGGAGUCCUGCUCUGUUCAAAUUCUUGUUCCAGGCCUCAAAGGGGAGGCUGGAGAAAAGGGGGAGAAAGGUGCUCCAGGUCGUCCAGGCAGAGUUGGACCUCCAGGAGAAAAAGGAGAAAUGGGGGACAAAGGACAGAAAGGCAGCAUGGGACGGCAUGGAAAAAUCGGUCCUAUUGGUUCAAAAGGUGAAAAAGGAGACAUGGGUGACAUAGGACCACCAGGUCCUAAUGGUGACCCAGGCAUCCCCUGUGAGUGCAGCCAGCUAAGGAAGGCUAUUGGUGAGAUGGAUAUCCAAGUGGCCCAGCUGACAACAGAACUAAAAUUCAUAAAAAAUGCUGUUGCUGGUGUGCGUGAGACAGAUAAUAAGAUAUAUCUGCUGGUGAAGGAAGAGAAAAGGUACAAGGAAGCCCAGCUCUACUGCCACGGAAGAGGAGGGACACUGAGCAUGCCCAAGGAUGAGACUGCCAACAAUCUGAUUGCCUCGUACAUCAACCAAGCUGGGCUGACCAGAGUUUUCAUUGGGAUUAAUGACCUAGAGAAAGAGGGAAAUUUUGUCUAUUCUGACCGAUCACCCAUGCAGACCUUCAACAAAUGGCGCAGUGGGGAGCCCAACAAUGCCUAUGACGAGGAGGACUGUGUGGAGAUGGUGGCGUCUGGAGGGUGGAAUGAUGUUGCAUGUCAUAUUACCAUGUAUUUUGUGUGUGAAUUUGACAAGGAAAAUGUCUAAGCUUGUCUGCUCUUUCUUUAUUUUAAGAAAAGAUUUUA